GGAAAUGUAAAAGCGAGGGCCGAGGGGAAAGUGUAAUGAGAGCACCGAGCACGACCGGAGGAAGGCAAAAGCGAGCAGCUUUAUUCUUCUCUUUAAAAGUUCGUUCCAUCACCUCUUGUAUUUUUAUAUAUUUCUUCCUUUUUUUUUCUGUUGUCGAACUCGAGGUAUCAUCAUCUGUUAGCGAGCUUUUUCGUGUGGGUUUGUUCUGAGUGAGAUCUAGCAUUGAAAUCCAUUCUGCAUUAGAAAGCCAAGACAUUCCUAGUGAUUUCUUGCUUCGAGCACAAGUUUUAAUGUCGGAGGAGCUUAGCUUUCCCGUAAACCAGCGCUUUAGGGUAGGGUUUCUUUCAUCUGUCACCGGUGAUUUGUAUGUUUUUCUACUCAGAAAGCAGCUCAGCUCGGUGCUCUACUGCUCUUGCCUUCCUGGAUUCUUCUUAGCUUAGGUCCGAAGGCGCUUCGGCUUCCAAGUUCGCUGUUGCCGAACGUUCUUUCGUUAAUUUGUUUCUUUCUUCAUCUGAACUCUUAGGAUUUCCUGUUUGGUGAGUGGUGAUCAUCAUUUGAGAAAGAGAAUGGAAAGAGCAAUCACUCGAUAAGAAGAUUCCUUAUUUCUUCUGUUUCCGAUCUAAAAUGAGCUCGAGAUUUCUACUAAUUCGAAUUUAGCUCAAGGCAACUACUUAUUUCGGGUUCACCCACAAGAAGGAAAGAAAAAGAGUCACCUCUUCCACCAUCUCCAAAACUAACAGACAACUAGACUGAAAGAAGUCUGUCGACCCAAGAUAUCUCAAGAUUUAGAAGACAGAUAAGGUAGCACUUAAAUUUAGGCAGUUAGGCGUGCUCCGAGCAGGUUUUCGAAAUACGACUAAACUGUUGAUUCCCUCCCCUUUGAUCUUUUACCUCGCCGCCCACACCUAAGUCCGUACAAAAAUUUGGUUGGUUCUUUCCAUUCUUCUCCUGUGAAUCCUAAACUGUAUUUAGGCCAGAAAUCCUAAACUGCAAAAAACCAUGGAUGAAGUAUUGGGUAAACCUACCAUGAUUUCUAGGGUUCUUCUUCGUUUGUUGUUCUUAUCGUUUACAUUGAAUGUGGGUCUUGUCAGUAGAUUAAUUUAUGAAUAUGACCAUGAGAGAGGGAGUAGCAGCCUUCAUACUACUGAUGCAGAAGAAAAGCAGAGCUAUACAGAGUUCUGUUUGGGAGAGGAGGCGAGCAAGAAGACGAGAGAGUCGACAACGAUGUCUACUGCUGCAGCAGAUCAUGAGGCAUACGUUAGCGAGAGCUCCCCUUCUUUGAGUACGGAAGCAGAAGAAGACGGCAAGGAGAAGGUUGUAAAUCUCGAUCAUGGCGAUCCAACUAUGUAUGAACAGUUUUGGCAAAACAUGGGGGACAAAAGUAUGGUUGUUAUCUCUGGAUGGCAAUCAAUGAGCUAUUUUUCCGAUAUUGGAAAUAUUUGCUGGUUCUUAGAGCCUGAAUUCGCAAAAGAGGUCAGAAGAUUGCACCAACUAGUUGGAAAUGCUGUAACCAGAGAUCAUCAUAUUGUUGUGGGGACAGGUUCAACACAACUGUUUCAAGCAGCACUGUAUGCUCUCUCUUCAUCAGGUGCAUUUGAGCCUGUCAACGUGGUGUCUGCUGCUCCUUACUACUCAUCCUACCCAUCAGUGACAGACUACCUGAAAUCAGGGCUCUAUAAAUGGGCCGGUGAUGCUUAUUCCUUCAAAGGAGAUGAGCCUUACAUAGAACUUGUUACAUCUCCAAACAACCCUGAUGGCUUUAUGAGGCAAGCUGUGGUUAACCGCAAUGGUGGGGUAGUGGUACAUGACCUUGCAUACUACUGGCCACAUUAUACUCCAAUUACAUAUCUUGCAAAUCAUGACAUCAUGCUUUUCACCGUCUCCAAAUGCACAGGUCAUGCAGGGACGCGCAUUGGGUGGGCUCUUGUUAAGGACAAGGAGAUAGCAAAAAAGAUGACCAAAUUCAUAGAGCUGAAUACCAUAGGUGUAUCAAAGGACUCGCAGCUCCGGGCAGCAAAAAUCCUCCAGGUGGUAUCUGAUAGCUGUGAACAUUUGAACUCCCGUGAAGAUUCCAAGAACUUCUUCAGGCAUGCUAGUCGUCUCAUGGCUGAGAGAUGGGACCGAUUAAGAGACGCAGUUAGACAAAGUGGGCUGUUUAGUCUUCCAGAGUUCAUGCCUGAAUCCUGCAACUACUUCGGCGAGGCAAAUACACCACAUCCUGCAUUUGCUUGGUCGAAAUGUGAGGGGGGAAUAGAAGAUUGUGAAAGCUUUCUUAGAGGUUAUAAUAUCAUAACGAGGAGCGGGAAGCAUUUUGGCGCUGAAGCCAAGUACGUUAGAAUUAGCAUGUUGGAUCGAGAACAGACGUUUAACCUCUUUGUAAAGAGGCUGUCAAAUAUCAGUUUAUAAAUUAUCAGUUAUAACAGCUCUUGUCAGUUGUCACUACUGUGGGACAUUCGUGCUUACAUUUUACUCGGAAAGAAAAGUCGUUUCAUGUAUGUGAUGGUGUUGUUCGUAGCAUAGCAUACAUAAACCCUUCUGUA